AUGGCCCGCCCGCCCGCCGCCGCGAACCUCAAGCGCAAGCGGAAGCGCCGCCGCCGCCCCAAGGCUGGCAAGGGCGCGGCCACCGACUUGCCCGACUUCUUCUCCAACCUCCCCGACGACGUCGUGCUCGCCAUCGCCAACCGCCUCCCGACCCGCCUCGCCGUCACGCUCUCCGUCCUCGCCCGCCGCUUCCGCCACCUCCCCACCCUCUACACCCGCCUCGACUCCCUCAGGUUCUCCGGGCCGGCCUCCCCGGUCCCGCUGCCCGCCGGCCAGCCCAAGCUCCUCCGCCGCCUCGACAUCGCCCCGCCCAAACGAAUCAAGCCCUCAGCCCUCCGCCACGUCAUCAACGCCGCCGCCAACCACGGCCUCUCCGAGCUCGCCGUCCGCCUGCACCGCCGCGUCUGCCUGCCCAAGAAGGUCUUCGCCAUCCGCUCUCUCGCCGUGCUAUCCCUCAACACCUGCAGCGUGCCGCCCCUCCCCGCCGUCGCCUGCGCCCGCCUCCGGACGCUCAAGCUCCACCGCGUCUACAUCAAACAGGUGGUCCUCACCGCCAUCCUCUCCGCGGCGACCGGGCUCCACACGCUGGAGAUGGUACACUGCACGGGCUUGGACGCCGGAUGCACGGUGGAGUCGUUGACCGUGAGGAGCUUCUUGUUCAUGCCCAACGUGAAGCAGCGGCAGGUCACGCUGAGAGCGCCGGGGCUGAGGACAAUCACGCUUCACACGCGACCCAAGACGCAGAAGGUGCACCUGGAGCCUUCGCCGGAUGUCAGCAAGGCAUACCUGCACGUCGCCAAGUCCCAGGAAAAGGUUCUCUUCAGGAUGCGGCCGUUCUUGGAUGCUGCCACAGGGCUAGCUUCCCUCACGCUCAGAGGCAUUGCUGUGAAGUUGUUAGCUGGUGAAUAUAAAGAUAUUGCAAAGUUGCCAAUUACAUUUGAAGGGUUGAGGAUAUUGUCAGUGAGCUUAGAUUUCUCGCGUGAAUCAGAAGCUGUUUUCCUGGUGAAGCUGCUUCAGAGCUGUCCUAGCCUACAGCAGUUGACCGUCUCGGCUGCUGAAAAUAAGAAGACAGAGGCGUCCUUUAGUUUUGCUGAUCACAAGAAGAUGCUUGCAAAGGCAUCAUGCCUAACUAAUAGCCUGUUGAAGAUCAAGUUUCUUGGGUUCAAGUCUGGAGAAUAUGAGAAGGACCUCCUCGUUUUCCUAUUAAAUCGAACCAAUAAGCUGAAGAAGAUUGGGGUGCAGUUUCCAGAAAGCGAAGAAGCCGCUGUGAAGUGGGCUUUAACUGUGAGGCCAGCCCCAAUCGAGAGAAGAUCUACUCUGUUCAACAAGGGCUACCUGCAGUUGGAGUAUACUCGAUAG